AACAAUAUGGACACCUGAAACGACCAACCAGACCAAACUUUUUAAACAACAGAAUAUUUAUUGCGCCAUUCAAAGACCCCCGUGGACACAUCAGAUACUCACAGUCAUGUCAUCCUCCAGUGGUCCACUAACUGAGGAGCUUCAGUGCUCUAUAUGUCUGGACGUGUUCACUGAUCCAGUCAGCACUCCAUGUGGACACAACUUCUGCAAGACCUGUGUGUAUAAGUACUGGGACAACAGCCAGACCUGCAACUGUCCAUAUUGUAAAGAAACAUUCAACCAAAGACCUGAUCUCAAGAUUAAUACCACACUCAGAGAGAUCAUAGAUCUCUAUAAAGAGAAAAGUCCUGAGAAAAAAACUGAAGUUCUCUGUGACUAUUGUGAGGAAACAAAGCUGAAAGCCCUGAAGUUGUGUCUGGUGUGUCAGAGCUCUUACUGUGAAACUCACCUGCAGCCUCAUUUUAAAGUGUCAAGUUUAAAGAAACACAAACUGAUGGAUCCUGUGAGUAAUCUGGAGGACUAUAUAUGUCAGAAACAUGAGAGACCUCUGGAGCUGUUCUGUAGAGCUGAUCAGGCAUGUGUGUGUCUGAUGUGUGCUGUGACAGACCACAAGAACCACAACACUGUUCCUCUAGAAGAGGAGAGCAAAGAGAAGAAGAUUCAACUAAUGAAGACACAGAAAGAUGUGCAGCAGAUGAUCCAGGACAGAAUCAAGAAGAUUCAAGGCGUCAAACACUCAGCAGAAGUCAGAAAAAGAAACACAGAGGAGGAGAAAGCAGCCCAUGUUGAGCUCUUCACUGAUCUCAUCCGCUCCAUUGAGAGAUGUCAGACUGAACUGCUGGAGAUGAUGGAGGAGCAGCAGAAAGCA